AUAAAAUCAUAGUAUCCCACACACCAACCCCAUGCUUUGAAUAUUUAGUGUAUGCUCUUAAAAUGUGAACACCUCUUCUAAACAAAAACCACAAAACACUAUUCUUGGAUCCACAAAUUCAAAUCUCCCAUCUCUCUCAUAAAUCCCAAUGCUCAAAAUCUUGAUCAAACACACUAAUUAAGACACACACACACAGAGAGAAAGAGAACAAUUUUUUUCCUGCGACAGCCUGCAAUUUCAGUUUCUGCAGAAGUAAAAAUUCAUGGGUGCAAAGUGCUCCAAGUUCUCAUUUUGCUGGUGGCAUUCUCAUCUCAAACCAUCUGUUCUUCAAUCCACUGAUCCGGAGAAUGGGGAGAAAAAUGCUUUUCCGAGCUUCAGAGAGUUCAGCUGGGAGGAGCUGAAAACUGCUACAAAAGGAUUUUCUUCAGACAACAUAGUCUCUGAGCAUGGAGAGAAGGCCCCUAAUGUUGUUUACAAAGGUUUUCUUGAAACCGGAGGAUGGAUUGCUGUUAAGCGCUUCAACAAGUCUGCUUGGCCUGAUCCUCGCCAAUUUAUAGAUGAAGCUAAGGCGGUGGGGAAUUUGAGAAGCGAACGAUUGUCUAAUUUGAUUGGAUUCUGCUUUGAAGGAGAGGAGAGAUUGUUGGUGGCAGAGUUUAUGCCUAAUGAGACUUUGGCCAAGCAUUUAUUUCACUGGGAGAAUCAGCCCAUGAAAUGGGCAAUGAGGUUGAGGGUGGCCUUGUAUUUGGCACAAGCUCUGGACUACUGCAGCAGUCGAGGCCGGGCUUUGUAUCAUGAUCUUAAUGCUUACAGAGUCUUGUUUGAUCAGGAUGGCAAUCCCAGGCUCUCUUGUUUCGGGUUGAUGAAGAAUAGUCGAGAUGGAAAAAGUUACAGCACAAACUUAGCCUUCACUCCUCCAGAGUAUUUGAGAACUGGUAUGCACAACUGUUAUGUGAUGAUAUCUCUUCCUAUCUUCAGUAAUGCUUGCUUGCCCUUCUUCCUUUAUGCAGGAAGAGUGACUCCAGAAAGUGUGGUUUACAGCUUUGGAACUAUGUUGCUUGAUCUCCUAAGUGGCAAACAUAUACCUCCAAGCCAUGCACUCGAUCUCAUCCGCGGCAAGAACUUUCUGAUGCUGAUGGACUCCUGUCUGGAGGGACAUUUCUCCAACGACGAGGGAACUGAGCUGGUCCGGCUAGCCACCCGUUGCUUGCAGUACGAAGCUCGGGAGAGGCCAAACGCAAAGACCCUAGUCACGUCCCUCAUGUCACUCGAGAAAGAAACUGAGGUCCCUUCCUACGUUCUACUAGGCAUCCCACAAGGAAAAACCGGCUGCACGGUGCCACUUCUGCUGACUCCAAUGGGGGAAGCAUGCCUGAGAAUGGAUCUCACCGCCAUACACGAAAUCCUCGACAAGGCCGGAUACAAAGAUGACGAGGGAAUUGCCAAUGAGCUAUCUUUUCAGUUGUGGACAAGCCAAAUGCAGGAGACAUUGAACUCCAAGAAGCAAGGAGACGCUGCAUUUCGCACCAAAGACUUCGCCACUGCCAUUGACUGCUACUCACAGUUCAUCGAAGGUGGGACGAUGGUUUCUCCGACGGUGUACGGGAGGCGGUGCGUGUGCUAUCUGAUGAGCGACAUGCCGAAUCAAGCACUUGGAGAUGCGAUGCAAGCACUGGCGAUAUCACCACAGUGGCCGACUGCUUUUCACCUUCAAGCUGCCGCGCUCUUCACACUUGGGAUGGAGAAUGAUGCCCAAGAAUCGCUGCAAGAAGCCUCCAAUUUGGAAGCAAAACGAAACAAAAUUUGAAAAACUGUAUAGACUUGACUCCUCUUUCUUCAUGUAUUUAGGCUUUUCAACAAUCCAACUUUGUCUAAAGCAGAGGAUUUAUCUCAAGCGUGUUGCUGUUUUUUUCUUUUCUUGGAAUAUGUGGGUUUUGAGCACUCUUUUGUUAA